AUGAAUGAAUUAUCUUAUCGUCAAAUUCAAAAUGAAUUAAAAAAACGUCAAUUAAAUUCAAAUGGAAAGAAAAAUAUUAUUGUAAAACGAUUAAAAAUUGCAUAUGAGAAAGAAAUAAAAAAUCAAUCAUCAUAUGUAACAAAAUUUCAUAAUUUACCAAAUGAAAUCUAUCGAGACAUAUUUGAUUAUUUAUUAUCAUUCAAUAUUAUACAUUCGUUUUAUGGACUUAAUCAUCGUUUAAAUGAAAUAAUUCAAAAUAUACCAAUGAAACUAAAUUUUAAUAAUUUAAAUAAAAUUGAAUAUAAACGUAUAUUAAAAUAUAUUGUACCAAAAAUAAUUAAUCAAACAAUGGCGAUAGAUUUAGGAGAAUCAUCUAAGAUAAUUUCUUGUUUUUCUUCAUCAUGUUAUUCAGAAUUUGUAAUUGAUUUGUUUAUUCAAUCAUUUAAUUUGAUACAAUUUUCAAAUCUUCGAUUUCUUUCACUUACUGCACUUAAUCAAAAACAAUUAGAAACAUUAUUUUUAAUCAUACCAAAUAUGUCAUCUCUACGUUCACUUCGUCUACUUGAACAAAAUUAUUGUUGUUCAUCAAAUGAAACAAUUUGUAAACUUGUACUUGCUAAUAAUUCUCAUUAUUCCAUUGAUAAAAGUAAUCAUCUUACACAUGUUUUUAUCGAAACAAAUCCUCCAUUUAAAAUUCUUACUCUUCUUCAUAAAUAUUUUAUAAAUAAAAUUUCUUUUGAUUACAUACAAAUAAAUAUUCGUUGUGCUUUAUAUUUUUAUGUUCAUGCAUUAGCAUGUCUUGAUUGUAAUGGUCUUUCAAAUCUUAUAUCAAAUAUGAAUUAUUUUAAAAUAGAUGUUACUAUUGGAACAUUUCAAUCGAUGUUUGAAUUGAUUCGACGUUUUUCAAAAAUACAUCAUUUAUCUGUUAAGACUACUUUACAAGCAUAUGCUAAUGGACAUCAAUGGGCUGAAUUACUUGCUCAAAUGCCGAAUAUAAUCAAACUUGAUCUUGAUAUUCAUCUUGAUUCGUAUAAAUCUGAUCAAGAAUUACAAACAUUUCAAACAAAAUUUUGGUUUGCACGACAAUGGAUUGUUCAAUGUAUUAAAAGUCAAUCUAAUUGUUCAGAAUGUAAAAUUAUUCAUCGAAGUAUUUAA